UUAUUGUUACAAAAUGCAAUAACAGACACAGUAUUACUAAAUAUUACACUAAACCUGCCUAUAUAAAAAGACAAGUGUGCUGUUGAGGACAGAUACUAAAAUCACCUGCGGCUCCUUGAUUUGUUCUCUCUGACAGCCACAACUAACUUCUGGAAAGGAUGAAGUGCUUCAUGAUCUUUCUGGUUUUGACGCUGGUCGUCCUCAUGGCAGAACCUGGCGAGGGUUUCUUUGGCCGCUUAAAAGCAAUGUUCCGGGGUAUGAAAACUGGAUGGAAAGGUUACACGAAGAAGCGUGACUAUGAGAAGAUGGAAAGGAGGUAUGGUCCUAACUGGCGCAAUGAUCAGGGCAAUAAUCAGCAACCAUCACCGAUGGAUUACCAACAACCUCCAGUCAACGACCCUUUAGCUGCACCAUAUAAUGGCCGCUGAGUUCACACAAAAAUCCUGCUUGGAAGCUUCAUCUUCAGAUGCAAUUUUUUGCUUUCAUUUAAGAUGAUGCAAUUUUUUUUCGACUGCAACUCAACUGCGACUGUGCUUUCAAAUAAAUCUGCAAUUUGAAAAACCACCAA